AAAGUACGCUUCAAUUCUCUGAUACUCCGUAAAUAUACAUAAACUACUUGCUACUCUUUUCUUCUUCUUCAAUCCGCCAUUUUUUCUAUCCUCAUCUCCUUACCUGCUUUUUCACUUUCCUCUCUUCUCUCUCUCUCUCUCUCUCUUCACAGCUGUGGAGCUGCUAAGAGCAAUUCAGAAACCUUCAUCUCAAAUCGAAUUCCCCCGAACAGCCCACGCAGAGAAGGAGGCUUGAAAUCAGAAUAAGAGCUUGGAGAUAGGCCUCGAGUCUUCCAAGCAUGGAGAAAGCAUUCAUUCCCUUCAUUCUUAGCCUAAUUCUGCUUUUCCCAGAUCUAUCAUACGGUGCCCCGAGAGCUCAGCAAGUCAAACUCAUUUGCGAAACGGAAUUAGAGCAUAACACCACAGCUUUUGUGCCAAACUUUGUUGGUGUCAUGGAGAAGAUAAGCGACAAAAUGAGAACUCAGGGGUGGGGAACUUCUGUACUUGGCUCGGGCCCGGACGAGAACUUUGGGCUAGCGCAAUGCUACGGAGAUCUUUCUCUACUCGACUGCGUGUUGUGCUAUGCUGAGGCUCGUACAGUGCUCCCCCAGUGCUUUCCUUUCAAUGGCGGGAGAAUUUAUCUCGAUGGCUGCUUUAUGCGGGCUGAGAAUUACACCUUCUUUGAUGAGUAUUUAGGGCCCGGAGAUACUCGUGUCUGUGGGAACAGCACCCGAAAGGAUCCCUCGUUCCAGCAGACAGCUCGGAGAGCCGUGAUGCAGGCGGUUUCAACUGCGGUGAACAAUAAUGGCUCUUCGAGAUCCCAAUUAUCAGUUCCCGGGAGGCAAAACGAGUCGGCUUAUGUCCUGGCGGAUUGUUGGAACACUCUGAAUGAUAGCGCUUGCAGAGCGUGUUUGCAGAACGCUUCGGCAUCCAUGUUGGGAUGCUUGCCUUGGUCCGAGGGUCGUGCCUUGUACACAGGAUGCUUCAUGAGGUACUCCGACACCAACUUUCUUAAUCCUAUCCCGAGUAACGACAGCUCGUCGAGAGUAAGUGUAGCAGUCAUCGUCGUCGCUGCUGUUAGUUCGGUGAUUGUGUUGAUAGUGGGAGUAGUCAUUGCUCUUUACUUCUUGAAGCAGAGAAGAAUCGAGAAGAAGAGGAAAGGUCCAAAUGAUGCCGAGAAAUUAGUGAAAAUCCUUCAUGACAGCAGCUUGAACUUCAAGUAUUCCACACUCGAGAAAGCAACCGGAUGUUUCGAUGAAGCCAACAAGCUUGGCCAAGGUGGAUUCGGUACAGUGUACAAGGGAGUUUUGCCCGAUGGAAGAGAGAUCGCUGUUAAAAGACUCUUCUUCAACAACAAACAUAGAGCAGCAGAUUUCUACAACGAAGUCAACAUUAUUAGCAGUGUCGAGCACAAGAAUCUGGUCAGGUUGCUCGGUUGCAGUUGUUCUGGUCCCGAAAGUCUUCUGGUAUACGAAUAUAUGCACAACCAGAGUCUUGAUCAGUUCAUUUUCGAUCCCAACAAAGGCAAAGCAUUAAACUGGGAAAGGAGGUUUGAAAUAAUUAUAGGGACUGCAGAAGGCCUAGUCUACCUCCACGAGAAUUCGAGGAAUCGAAUUAUCCACAGAGACAUAAAAGCUAGCAACAUCCUAUUGGACUCGAGGCUUCGUGCUAAAAUUGCUGAUUUUGGGUUGGCAAGAUCCUUCCAAGAAGACAAAAGCCAUAUAAGCACUGCAAUUGCGGGAACUCUGGGAUAUAUGGCCCCAGAGUACCUUGCCCACGGGCAGUUAAGCGAAAAGGCAGACGUUUACAGCUUCGGUGUAGUUCUGCUGGAAAUAGUCUCGGGGAGACAGAAUAACAGGAGCAAGGCCACGGAAUACACAGACAGCUUGGUGAAUAUAGCUUGGAUGCACUUCCAACAAGGGACAGUGAACGAGCUGUUCGACCCGAACCUAAUGCUGCAUAACUACCAUAACAUCAAUGUCAAAAACGAGGUCCUGAGGGUGGUCCAUAUCGGGCUGCUGUGCACCCAAGAGGCGCCAUCGCUGAGGCCAUCCAUGUCCAAGGCAUUGCAGAUGCUCGUGAAGAAGGAGGAGCUGCCAGCGCCCACGAAUCCUCCCUUCGUGGACGAGAAAACCAUGGAGCUAAACGAUGGCUGGGAUAACCAGUCUUUCCCGCUCAGAGGAAGCGAGUCUGCCUCCGUUGCCAGCGUUUCGCACAGCUCUUUCUACCCCAGAUAAGACACGAAAUCGACACACUUGCAGUAUAAUUGUAAGUUCCAUCUUCAUUUUGUUUCUACUUCACGCGAUUCUUGGAACAUGUAUUGUGAGAUGUAGUUCUUUUAUGGUUUUGUAUAGAGACAUGACUGGAGAUUAUAGUGUCAUUGAGAGAAAAUAGAAACAUGAUCUUGAGCAGUUCAUCGUUUACAUACCCCGGAUAAUGUAGUGAUGUAUAGGUACUCCAGGGAAGUUGCAUCGAAGUA